AUGCUCCGAGAUCCGCCGUCCUUGGGCGGGGUCCGUGUCGGGUCCGUCUCUGACGCGACACUCCUCUCGUCCCUUUUGAACGCAAGCUCGCUCGAGGACGAGCCGGACACCGUGCGGUGGAGAGGCGACCCGUGCAUCAUCCUGCCGCACGCGCUCUGGCGGCCGAGUGUCGAGCCGCUCCUCCGCUGCAUCUACUCGCCCGACGCCACAGAGUACUUUGCGCUCGGCGUCGCGCACUGCGCCCUGUACUUCGACGUCGGCGGCCCCUUCUUUGCAACCUUCUACCGCAAGGUCGCGUCCCGCCGCUCCCUCCUCUGCCGUUCCGCGCCGCCGGUCGGCGCGAGCGGCGGCGGCAGCCGCGGCGGCGGCGGCGGCAGCGGGGCCGGCGCCGCGAGCGCCGACGUCGACAGCGACGAGUUCCUCUUCUCGCCGCUGCACGAUGCCGAGGUGUGGCGUACGAUCCACGAGGCUGCCCUCGCCGCGGCGCAGUCGGAGGCGGCGAUGGCGGCGGCGGCCGAGGCGGCGGCGGCCGAGGCGGCGGUGGAGGGGGCGGCGGUGGAGGGGGCGGAGCCGCAGGGUGGCAGCGGCGUGCGGUGCGAGGCCGCUUCCUCGCUCGCGGGCGCGGCGGCCGACGUGGCAGAGGGUAGCAGCAGCGCGGGAGGAGGCACGGGGGGCGGGGCUGGCGCCGGCGCGAGCGCGGGGCCGAGCGCAGGGCCCUCCGGGGCGGGGCGCGAGGGAGACCUUGCAAAGAAGCGGCGGAGGCUGAUCUGA